AUGAGCAACACAGAGAAAAAACCUAACUUCCUUGUCAUUGUCGCUGAUGACCUUGGAUUCAGUGACAUUUCUCCUUAUGGAGGUGAAAUUGAGACACCAGCGCUUGCCAAGCUAGCCAAAGAGGGCAUUCGCCUGACCAACUUCCACACAGCAUCUGCAUGCUCUCCGACUCGGUCAAUGCUGUUUUCUGGAACAGAUAACCACAUUGCUGGACUUGGUACUAAUUAUGACCCUUCAUCCCUAAAGAGAGAUAUGCUUACACACAUUGUAGGACAAAUGGCAGAAUUCAUGCGAAACUUUGGAGACCACUUUAAGAACAAGCCCGGCUACGAGGGUUACCUAAACUGGCGAGUAGCAGCUCUAUCAGAGAUCCUACAAGACUCGGGAUACCACACAAUCAUGUCUGGAAAAUGGCAUCUUGGAAUGACCAAAGAAAUUGCACCAUGCUCCAGAGGCUUCGACAAGAACUUCUCUUUACUUCCAGGAGCUAGUAAUCAUUACAACUAUGAGCCCCAAUUAGAAGACGGCGAAUUCCAGGCGCCAUGUAUUAACACGACUGGCUUCUGGAUGGAAGGAGAAAAAGUCCUUGAUCGAACAGCAGAUCUUCCUAAGGACUUCUAUUCAACUCAAACAUUCACCGAUAAGAUGAUUGGGUUCCUUGGGAAUCGCUCAGAGGAGGAAUCGCAAAAGCCAUUCUUUGCUUAUUUGCCGUAUACGGCGCCGCAUUGGCCUCUACAGGCUCCCCGGGAGAUUGUCGAGAAAUAUGCGGGCAAGUAUGAUGAUGGACCUGAUGCCUUGACGCAGAAGCGCCUCCAACGUCUGAAAGAGUUGGGAUUGGUGGAUGAGGCUGUGGAACAUGCCUCUCCAGUUGGGAAACUAGGAAAAGACUGGAACGACUUGUCACCAGAAGAGAAGAAGAUUUCCGCGCGAAAGAUGGAGGUUUUCGCUGCGAUGGUUGACCAACUCGAUACCAAUGUUGGUCGAGUCAUUGAGCACCUUGACUCUACCGGCGAGCUGGACAAUACAUUCGUCUUGUUCAUGUCCGACAAUGGUGCUGAAGGCGCAGCUUUGGAGGCUCUACCGCUCAUGGGAGGCAAAAAGAUGAUGGGAGAUAUCAUUUCCAAAUAUUAUAACAACACACUGGAGAACAUUGGCGAGCCUGACUCAUUCGUGUGGUAUGGUGCUCGCUGGGCCUGUGCCGCAACCGCCCCUUCAAGAGGUUUCAAGGGCUGGGUAACAGAAGGUGGAAUCCGCUGUCCUUGCGUGAUUCGUUAUCCUCCAUUCCAUGCCAAACCCGAAGCCAUCACGAAUGCAUUCACCACAGUAAUGGAUAUCCUACCAACCAUCCUCAACUUGGCCGGAGUAUCGCACCCAGGCGCACAGUUCCGUGGACGAGAAGUCGUUCUGCCUCGUGGCCAAUCGUGGGUUUCUCACCUAGCCUCUGAUGACUAUAAAACCACCAGCGUCCACAAAGAAAACGUGCACAUCCAUGGCUGGGAGCUGUUCGGUAUGCGAGCCAUCCGUGAGGGUAAGUACAAGGCAGUCUGGAUUGCUGAGCCCCGUGGCAAGGACGAGUGGGAGCUUUUCAAUGUUGAAAGCGAUCCCGCAGAGAUCCAUAAUCUUACACAGACUCAGCCUGAUACCCUUGCUCGAUUAGUCCAGCAUUGGGAGCAAUACUAUGCGGAGACAGGAAUGGUACAGACACCCGUUGUUGACAGAAAGAUGUGA